AAUUCUCUGCUAUUCAUAAGUCAACAUUGCUGCAGGCUAGUUUUGUGUCCCUUUGCAAGAAUCAAAUUUCAACAAUCUUUAAUUCAUGGCAAGCGAGCAGAAGCAAAUCUAUCACGAAAGGCAAAGAUUACAAUUUUGCCUUCCCUCGACAAUCUCUACCGGCAAAAGGAUGCAUUUACACGAGCAAGUUUGAAUUCAGUCGCUGAAAAACUCGUUCUUGAUGACCCAAAAAUGGAAAUUUGGACACCCUUUUCUUUAGUCUUCAAGCCUCACCAUAAUUCAGUUACUGGAAACUAUGAUGUAAAUGUUUUAAGUGCUGCACUUGAAGGAAAAGGGAAGACUGUGAUUUGGCAUGAUCGUCGAAAUGGGGCAUCAGCUAUUGACCUUAAUGAUGGAAUGUUGAUGGGAAUUGAGAUUAAUGUUCCUGUUAAACGGGAUGGUGGGCUUUGGAAAGGUAGGCAUUGGAUUGCAUUGAGAAAGAUUGAUGGGGCUUGGUAUAAUUUGGAUAGUGACCUUCAGGCACCUCAGUGUUUUAAGGAUUGUGGAGAAGUUUGGGAAUUCUUGGAUUUUAUCAUUGCUCAUGAUGGACAGGUUUUGCUUGUAAAAAAUGAGACACAAUGAGUUGUCUUUACUUUGAA